AAGCAAGCGGCUAGCAGCAAUUUUGCUGAUUUGUUGGGCGUCGCUGCUCGAAUCUCCGCAGUUGAUCGGUCUCUACUGUUGGAUUCUGGUUCGAACAUUUAACAUUAACAAACAAACCUUAACUUUACGAAACUCACGUCACUAGUAUUGUAUAUUUGAAUCUUAAAAAUGGAUAUCAACGCAUAGACAAUUUUAUCAGGAGAUGAACGAAACUUGAAUCCCUAGAAAAAUGCGGCUGUCACUUUCAGCGCUGCUUCUAAUUUUAGUUUGCAUAAUUUGCUCAAUAAUCAUCAGCAAAAUCUCAAAUGUGAUUAACGUGGAUGUAUCUGAUUCUUCUUUGGAUGACGCUGAACAAACAAAACAUUCAUCAAGAGGGCUGAAAAACCAAGAGGAACCCCUGCCAAAAAGCAGAAUACCUGGAGACGUUGCCGACAACCUUAUUUGGUUUCUUCAAAUAUCUGACAUACACAUCAGUGUUUUUCAUGAUAUGUCACGGGUUACUGACUUGAAGGACUUCUGCAGCAAAACUAUUGAUGCCAUCAAACCCACUGUUGUGUUAGCUUCGGGUGACCUAACUGAUGCUAAAACAGCUGAUAACAUGGGCUCCAGACAGUAUAUUGAGGAAUGGCAAAGCUACAAGUCCAUCUUGGAAGAAUCGAAGGUGCAGCAGAAGACGUUGUGGCUUGACGUUAGAGGGAACCAUGAUAACUUUAACGUGCCUGGGCUCUACAGUUCAGAGAACUUCUACCGCAACUUUUCGGUGCAGGGCCAAAAGCACCUCCGGUCCUACAUGGUUCAAGUCAAGCACGCUUCUGAGACUUAUUCCUUUGUUGCUGUCGAUGCUUGCUUGGACCCAGGGCCAAAGAGACCUUUCAACUUUGUUGGUGUUAUUGGAUUGAAAGAGUAUGAGCAGCUGCGCGAGUUUGAAAGGAGGACAAGAAUGGAGAGCAACUACUCAAUUUGGUUUGGGCACUACCCCACCUCUUGCAUCCUCUCACCCUCACCAGGGCUUAGGCCAUUAAUCGGAAAAUCUGGAUACGUCUACCUCUGCGGGCAUCUGCAUCAACUGGGAGGCAUUGUGCCAAACAUGUACACGCUGCAGCAGAGUGGAAAUUUGGAGCUGGAACUUGGAGACUGGAAGGAUAAUAGAGUUUACCGGUUGCUUGCAUUUGACCACGGCCUCUUCUCCUUUAUUGACAUCCCACACAAUGAGUGGCCGGUGAUGCUGCCAACCAAUCCUAAACACGCACUCUUUAUGAUUCCUGGUAAAGAGUCCACGGCCAGCAUGCUUAACUCAAGCCACAUCAGAGUGCUUGCUUUUUCAACCGCGUCAAUCACUCAUGUUAAAGUCCGAAUCAACAAUGGUGAGUGGGGUUCCUGCCAAAAUGUAAAAGAUGCCUUGUACAUUUUAAAGUGGAACGCAACUAGAUACAAGAAAGGAAUGCACCACUUGACGGUUGAAGUUGAAGACGAACUAGGCCGCGUCAAAAGCCUGACUCAACCAUUCUCCCUUGAUGGCACUCGCAUGUCCUUCAGUAUUCUCCCUCGAAUUGCUCUGAUGGUCAAUGCCAGCAUGGUUUUUCAGUGCAUGUUUGGAGUAAUGCUGAUUGUUUGCAUUGUACCUCUGUGCAUUACAAGAUUUCUACAUAAACUUGUAAAAAAUAAGAAAAUACGAAGACCUCGUUUGCGAAUCCAAUUCUUCCAAAAUUGGCUCCGAAAAAUCUGGAUUUUGUCAACAGUGGACAGAAUUUUCUUUCCUCUAACGUUGUAUGUUCUCUACCUGACAAUAGGCCCUUGGUCUAUUGGUGAGGUGAUAGAGAAUCACACAGGCAUUAUUUUUGCCUGGGGAACAAUAAUUAAUGGCUCCUAUUUGCCUGGAUCAAUGACCUACGCCUAUGGAUUCAUCCAGCUCUUCACCUACCAGUUUCCGCUCACCUUGUUUCUCGCUCACACAGUGGAUAAACGAUUUCAGACCUUGUAUGUGUUUGACAACUGUUCAAUGCUGGGGUACCUAUACCGCCAUUCCCCUUUCAUCCUGAUCGUAGCGAUUCAGAUGGCGUAUGCCUACUUUUUCUGGCUCGCGUAUGGCACAUUAGCAUUUGUGUUAGGACCCCUGCGCACGUGGUCGAUUGCACUGGGAAUUUUUCUCUGGUUUCAAGCAGUAUCCUUGCAGGAGAACAGCUUCAGGGAGGCCAAUCUGGUGUGGAUCAGCAAAUCUGCUGGCGUUCGAUGCUCAUUAGCCAAGGUUGAAGAGGAGAUGACCGCUACUUAAUACCAACAUCCUCAAUAAGGUUUCCUUUUUAUUUUUGUGAUAAUUUUACAGAGAUAUUGCUGGCGAUGUCUGUUUAAUUAGUUUUAACCAUUCUACUGCGUGCAGGACAAAAGUGUGAAUAGUUUAGUGUUCUUUUGGCAGGAAACAAAUUCCAUUGAUCGACUGAGGGUUAACUUAGCCAGAGGAUUUAUAUAUUGUAUUUUAAAUAAGCACUAUACAAGCGCAUACCAAAUAUUAGCCUACUGUACAUUUCAAUCUGUGAUUAUGCAAGUGUUGAGAAUUUAUUCUAAAGAGCACUCUUUCUCCUUUCUUCUGAAGAACUCUCUCUCGAACUCUCCACCAAUAAUCAAAAUUGAGCCUGCCCUGCCUCAGGGCUAUAAUUGUGUUAGUAGUGCAGUUUAAGGAUGGUAGACACAGGAUAUGGCAGUCGACUUUGAUCCUGGUUACUCGCCGUUUGUUAACAAUAGCAGAGUAACUAAGAUCCAAGUCAAUUAUCAUAUCCUGCGUCUACCAUCCUUGGUGCAGUUUAGCGUCAAGCCAAAUAAUAUAGUCAUUGUUGUUGAAUAGUAUGUAUAUAGUGACGAUCUAUUCCUUCUUAGAGCAAUUCAAUAAUAUUCAAGCUUGGUUCAAUAAUAGGAUCAUUUUGUUGUAAAAAAGCAAUAAAACGCUAUUAUCUCAAUUGCACUGAUAAA